AUGGCCCACCACUGGAACCCCUGCACCUACCUCCCCCGCCGCCUCCAGAUCGUCGCCUCCCUCACCACUUUCCUCCUCAUCUGCCUCCUAUUCUUCGGCACCUCCCCCGCCGACGACCCCACCACCUACGUGAACCAUGUCCCCUUCGGGCCCGAACUCCGCGCUGGUGCCCACCAAGUCGUCGACAAACUCCCCUCCAUCCCCAAAGUCCCGUACAUGGCACCCCCGCAAUGGCUGAACCCCUUUGGCGACCAAGCCCACACACCACCCCCGGAACAGACCAAUAGUUCCAGCGGGGAGGCGAGAUGGUAUGCGGAUUUUAAAUGGAGGAAUCCCUUUUCCAGCUCGACAACUCUGGAUGAGGAACGGGCUGUGCUGCCGCCUUUGGCUGAAAGGCCGCGGGUGUACACUUAUUUUGACUCGGUGGGGAGGAGGAAAGACGAGAAGAGUAAGGAGGCGGAGCAGGAGUUAUUGCAGGUUUGGAGACGGGCGUGGUGGGCUCAAGGGUUCAAGCCCGUGGUGCUGGGGAAGGCGGAGGCGAUGAAUAACCCGCUGUACAGAGCUGUACAAGGACUGGAAUUGGAGGAGGAAAUGGAGACAGAGAUGAUGCGGUGGCUGGCUUGGGGGAAUAUGGGGACGGGGAUCUUGGCGAACUGGCUGGCAGUGCCUAUGGCUGCAUACGACGAUACUAUGCUCAGCUUCCUACGGCGAGGCGAAUAUCCCCUCCUCACUCGCUACGAAGGGCUUGGCACAGGACUAUUCGUCGGCAACAAAAUCUCCAUUGAAAAGACGCUAAAAGAAGCCAUCUCCAACCCCCAAAUCAACACCACAAGAUCCCUCAUCGAAACCGCCUCCCUCGACACCUUCCUGAUCGAAGACAAACACGCCGCAAUAGCCUUCUACAGCACCUCGACCCUGAAAGAAAAAUACCCUCUCCUGAAAACCAAACUCGAGCAAACCACCACAAUCCCGGACGCCUUAACCCUCCUCCCCCGCCUCAUAAACGCCCACCUCCACUCGACCUGGCAAAACACCUUCUCCUCCGGAAUCUCAGUACUAAAACCCGCCCCCGAACACACCACCACCCUCCUCCUCCCAGCCGUUGAGCUCGCGCGAAACCUAAGCCAAUGCGCCGACUCCCCCAUCCCGGCCUCCUGCCCCCCUAACCGCCCGAAAUGCAAACCCUGCGUCUCCUCCUCCCACCUACCAAUAACGGUCCAGACCGUCUUCAGAAAUACAACCACCCUCUUCACCAUCGGCACAGUACCCCACCCUUAUACCCUGCUCUCCCUGCUCCACUCCCGCGACGAUUUAAACGUGAAAUUCAUCCGGCGAGAAACAGACCGCGACCUCUGGACCCUCGCGGCGACAAAAGAACUCAUCGGCAACGGCCAAAGUUCCUUCUUCCGGCUCCCCGCGCUGAAAGACGCCGUGGCGUCUGAAUUUGGCCGGGCGCGGAGUCUCUGGUUCACGGCGGAGAGACCACCGAGGAGCGAGAGUGAGAAGGAUUUGGAGGAACUGGAUUGGUGGUUUGGAUUUGAGAUUCCCCGGCAUCCGCUCGAUGAUGGGAAGAGCGUUACGCCUGUCCCGGGACCCGAACGCCGACCCCCACCACCGAAAGAUGAAUUCGGGGAUAGUCCCCCGCCCUCCGACGCCGAUUUGGUGAAGGAAAAAGCAUUGUUUGAGAAGAGUUUGAUGUUUAUGCAGCGCGCUGGACGUGGCGGAGUGGGAGGGGCUAAGGGAGGCAAGAAAAAUACUGGAGGGGAGAAGGACUUGGUGCGGACGCGAGAUAUGGUCGAGGCGUGGAAUCUGGCCGACACGGAGAUUUGGAAGUUUGUGCGGGCGUGGAAUGCGAGGGGUCGGGUGGAGAGGAGGGGGUGGGAGGAGGAGGAGGAGGGGUUUGGGGGCAGUAGGGGGAGGUGGGGGAGUCGAGUCGGCAGUAGAUUCGAGGAGCCGAAGGUUCUGAAUGGGGCCGCUUUAUGGCCGAUGGUUUUGAGUAUGUAG